AUGAUGGCCACUCCACGCAGGAGUGGCUUUGACGGCUGGACGGAGGUCCGCUUUGGCCGUAAAGGCCAGCGCUUCCGCCAGCCAUUCCGGGACCGGGGGAACGUGUUCGGUCGAGGGAAGGCCCGUGCAUUCCCCGCUCCCUAUGGGAGACGGGAUUCAUUCCCCAAACCUGUCCAGCCAGUGCCUCACUCACAUAGGCCGCCACGUGAACCUGGUCCCACUGCUAAACCCUACACCUCAGGGGAGGUGAGGAGACAACCAGCUGACCCAGAAUUUGGGCAGCUGGUGAGGAAGAUGUUUAGCCUCAUUAAAGUAGCGCAUCAUCUUCGUAAUGUUGACCCCAAAUCCAGGAAAGUGGAGCCCAAGAUUAUCACCAGGAUGGUAGAGAUCUUGUCAACCAUGAUAAAGCCGGCAGUUCCUACCCCAGAGACUAUGGAACUGAUUAAGGACAAUGCUGAAGCCUGGGGUUACAACACUAUUUCCACUUUGGUCAACCACUACGAACUGGGUUUUGAUGAAGUCAUGUUUGAACUCCAAGAGUUAAUGAUCCCACAAUGGCGAGAUGCGUUUGAGGUGGCGGUGCGUUGGGCGAAGAGAAACUUGCCCCGCAUCACGGAUGAGGCUAUAGGCGUAGCAUACGCCAGGAUUUCAGGAUAUGUUAAAGAUUCGGCCUCAAAUGUCGGUGGAGAUGAGUCCAAGAUCUUUGACAUACAACCCCAGCCACCAAUCCAACCAGUGAAAAUAGUACAGUCCCUUGAGAAGCCGAUAGCUCCCAGUCACGAGCUGCAGAAACGACCAACGGCCAAACAGGCCACAGAGGUCAAAAAGGUCAAGCAGGACCGCUCUGCAUCGGCAUUUGUUCCACGACCUGUAGGGAAAAUAGAUCAGCCACAACCUAUCGCCAAGCAGGCUACAAAGGUCACACAGGUCAAGCAAAACGAUGACCACUCUGGAGGGGCAGUUACUCCUAAAUUACAGAGGGAACAACGACACAUUACACGGGACAGAGAUCAAACAUUAGGCCAAACAGGGGUCAGAGUCCAGGAGACACACAAGGUCAAGAGUCCAGAUCUAGAAGAACCAGACUCAGGGUUUGAUGAAGGAGAUGUCUUCCUGGACUCAUUGGAUUUCUCCACUAAUUUAGAGCCACCACUGUUUGAAGUAGGGAUGUAG